CUGAUUUUGAUUUUACCGAUGAGGUUUGUAACUUGGAUCUUGACGACGAGCAUGGAAAUCCUUCUCAAAAUCAUAUCGAGGUUCCAAAAGAUGAUAAUUCUGCAUAUGGAACAGCCUUUGCUGCUUUUCCAACAGAGAAAGAAGGGAGAGAAGCUUGCCAUGCCAUUGCUUCUUUUUUUUUUAACUUUGAAGUUCUUUAUACCAUGCUCUAUGUCAGCUUCAUAGUUUCUUUAUGUCAGGGACAUGAUAUAUCAGGAAAGGAUAACCGUGUUCAUUGCUCCUUAAAUAUCAACACAGAGACAGGACGCUUGUCAGCUAGAAGGCCAAAUCUGCAGAAUCAACCUGCUUUGGAAAAAGACCGAUACAAAAUCCGUCAAGCAUUCAUCGCUGCACUAGGGAAUUCUCUUAUAGUUGCUGAUUAUGGACAGCUGGAACUUAGGAUUCUCACGCAUCUUGCCAACUGUAAGAGCAUGAUGGAUGCUUUUAAAGCCGGCGGAGAUUUCCAUUCAAGGACUGCUAUGAAUAUGUAUCCAUAUAUUCGUGAAGCAGUUGAGAAAAAGGAAGUGCUUCUCGAGUGGGAUCCUCGGCCUGGUGAAGAUAAGCCCCCACUUCCUCUAUUAAAGGUAUAGAAGCAUGAUUUGUUGGUUUAGCAUUGCAAACACCUUUUUCAUAAUUUGUUCAUGACUCUAUUUGUGUUUUCCCCCUUCCAUUUUAGGAUGUGUUUGGUUCUGAAAGAAGAAAAGCUAAAAUGCUUAACUUCUCAAUUGCAUAUGGGAAAACUCCAGUGGGGCUAUCUAAGGAUUGGAGGGUUUCUGUGAAAGAAGCUAAGAAAACAGUUGACCUUUGGUACAAUGACAGAAAAGAAGUUUUGCAAUGGCAAGAGGAACGUAAAAAAGAAGCUCGUAAGUUUCAUUGUGUCUACACAUUGCUAGGGCGAGCCCGGAAAUUCCCUUUGAUGGCCCAAGCUAAUACCUAUCAGAAAGGUCACAUUGAGCGUGCUGCUAUUAAUACUCCAGUGCAGGGUAAUGCUGCUGAUGUUGCCAUGUGUGCCAUGAUACAAAUUUCCAAUAAUAAAAAGUUGAAGGAGCUUGGAUGGAAGUUACUUUUAUCUGUUCUGAUAAUUCAACACUUUGUCUUAUUCUCUCUUAUAUUUAUUUCUUUGCACUUGGAGUGUAAUUCAAAAGUAAAGAGACUUGGAGUGUAUGCUAAAUUUUGAUAUUGGUGAAGCGGCAUCUCUUAGAUUAAACUA